CAGGCGGGGAGCGAAGGAGGGAAGGAAACGAGCGCUGGGGUAGGAAUGAGCCCGGAGAGAAAGCCGUAAUUCCUCUCCGGACUUACUGCACAGCCCACGGCCAGAAGGAAGCCCAAAUAAAGCCAGAAGGUAAGGACCUAGUGAUGGAAUUGCUGGGGUCAAAAGGUGGUUGUGAUGCUGUCAACUGUCGAAGGGGGAACAUGGGAUUCUGAAUUCAGAACUUGGCAAAUACAGAUGCUUCAAGAUGAAACGCCACAGGCAUCUAAGCAGCAGUGACAGUUCAGACAAUGAGAGUCCUUCCACUUCAUUUUCUUCCUGCUCAAAAUAUAGGAGUAAGUCAAAAACUCCAGCAAAGGAACAAAAGAAACCUGCUGAGGUAUUCCGAAAGGACCUUAUCAGUGCCAUGAAACUCCCAGAUUCACAUCAUGUUAAUCCAGAUGAAUAUUAUCUCUUUGCGGAUACAUGGAAAGAAGAAUGGGAAAAGGGUGUUCAGGUACCAGCCAGUCCAGACACUAUUCCACAGCCUUCUCUCAGGGUAGUCUCAGAGAAGGUGAAAGAAAUCCUGUAUAUUCGGCCCAGAAAGUACAUCCAUUGUUCCAGCCAGGAGCCCACGGAACCAGGUUACAUCAAUAUCCUCGAGCUGGCAGAGUCAGUGUGUCGCUAUGACUUGGAUGACAUGGACAUCUUCUGGCUUCAAGAACUCAAUGAGGAGCUCAAAGAAAUGGGGUGUGGGACAGUUGAUGAAAACACUAUGGAAAAAACAGUAGAAGUCUUGGAACGACAGUGCCAUGAAAAUAUGAACCAUGCUAUUGAAACAGAAGAAGGGUUGGGCAUAGAAUAUGAUGAAGAUGUCAUCUGUGAUGUGUGCCGUUCUCCAGACAGUGAAGAAGGGAAUGAUAUGGUGUUCUGUGAUAAGUGUAACAUCUGUGUUCAUCAGGCAUGUUAUGGCAUUCUCAAGGUUCCGGAAGGAAGCUGGUUAUGUCGUACCUGUGUCCUGGGCAUUCAUCCUCAGUGUCUUUUGUGUCCAAAGAGAGGUGGGGCUAUGAAGGCUACCAGGACUGGGACCAAAUGGGCUCAUGUCAGCUGUGCCCUAUGGAUUCCAGAGGUCAGCAUUGCUUGCCCUGAAAGGAUGGAACCAAUCACGAAAGUCUCUCACAUCCCACCUAGUCGAUGGUCUUUAGUCUGCAGUUUAUGCAAGUUAAAGACAGGAGCUUGUAUUCAGUGCUCUGUAAAAAGCUGUAUCACAGCCUUUCAUGUUACCUGUGCAUUUGAGCAUAGCCUGGAAAUGAAGACUAUCCUUGAUGAUGGGGAUGAAGUCAAAUUCAAGUCUUAUUGCCUCAAACACAGCAAAAACAAGCAGAGCUCUUUGACUGAAACAAGUGAUCAUUCCCAAAGCACGGGUGAUCAGAACCAGAUUGAAAGUGAGAAAACCAGUCUGCGGGCCCAGAAAUUAAGAGAGCUAGAAGAGGAAUUCUACUCCCUGGUAAAAGUAGAGGAUGUUGCAGCAGAACUUGGCCUCCCGAAGCUUGCUGUGGACUUCAUCUACAAUUACUGGAAAUUAAAACGAAAAAGUAAUUUUAAUAAGCCAUUAUUUCCUCCUAAGGAGGAUGAAGAAAAUGGCCUAGUGCAGCCAAAAGAAGACAGCAUUCACACUCGCAUGAGAAUGUUUAUGCACCUGAGACAGGAUCUGGAGAGGGUCAGAAAUCUGUGCUACAUGGUCAGCAGAAGAGAGAAGCUAAAACUGUCCCACAGCAAAGUUCAUGAACAGAUCUUCAAUUUUCAAGUCCAGCUUGCAAACCAGGAAAUUGCUACAGGACAUCCUCUGACAAGUGCACUAGAAAACACGUUGUUUUACCCACCUCCAAGAAUAACUUUAAAGUUAAAAAUGCCUAAAUCAGCUCUGGGAGACUGCAAAAACAACUCAGUGAAAGCCAAUAACAGACCUCUCUCACCUGAUGAAAAUAGCAACUCAGCCCCAAAUUACAACAAAAAGAGUAUGCAGAUACCCCAGGAAACUUUUGAAAUGCGAAUGAAGUCUUAUUCCAGGUAUUCCUAUGACAGUAGGAGCAAUGGGCUACUAGCCAGUCUCAGUCAUUCUAGGAAUGAAGUAAAAGAUUCUGGUCUAGCUCAACCUUCUGAGUUCCAGCGUGGGCAGUCUCUUGGCAAGCCAUUAGCCCUUCAAGCUGCACUUCACGGACAGUCUUCCAUUGGAAAUGGGAAGAUACAGCAGAACUCUAGGUUUGCUAAAUCUAAUGGCUUAAUGGGCAACAGCAGGUCAGGUGAUGUAACACAGAGAGACAAUUCUAGUCAGACUUCCUAUGAACAAGAGUCUGUGCUUUCUGCUCACUUGUCUAGUCAAAGCAGCUUUAGAAAAUCUUCCAUGGAACAUUUCAGUAGGUCCUUUAAAGAGGCAACCAAUAGUUUGGUGAGAACCACAGAAGACCUCAGAUGCUGUGAAAAGCCAACUAGAAGACUUAAUACCAAGGAACGUUUAUGGAGUAAGCAGACUCUUGAGUAUCAGACAGGAGGGGCACCAUAUCAGGAAAAUGAUGGGUAUUGCCCAGAUUUGGAACUUAGUGACUCUGAAGCAGAAAGUGAUGAGAAUAAAGAACAAGUCAAGAUCAGAAGAAACAACUCAGACAGGGAAAGCCCUUCCAAGGAUUUUGGAAGAGAUUGUCGCAGCAGAAAUAAAACAAGUAUGGUUUCCCACAGUUCUGUGCAAAGGUGAUUAGAAACUUGAAAGGGUAACUCAGCAUUUGUAUAAUCCCAGUGUAUUGGUGCAAACCUAGACACCAAAGGAUUCUAGAACAUAAUGCCUAUGUUAGGAGGAGAUGCAACGAAAAGGGUGAAGUAAUUGUUCAACAGUGAAUUGGCCAGCAGUUUUAAGAAGACGAACCCAGCUUCUGCAAGGGCAUAUAGGAGUCAGCAGAUUUUUAAUUGGUUUUAGUUUUGUUAUAGGGAAUGUGUGUACGUAUGUGAUAUAUGUGUGUGCAUGCAUGAGAGAGAACAAGGAAUAGAUGAGCAUAUAGUAAGUGCUCAAAAAAUAUACUUUUGGUUGAUUUUCUUUUGCUUCAGGAACAUAUUUCCAUUAUGCUGGGUUCUCAGCAAGACUUAUUGUUAGCAAUAAGUAAUUGAAGUGCCAGGUUGCCACUGGUAGCCAUAGGAAUUAACAGCCCUUGUUUCGUUAAGGGGUUGCAAGAGAGGGUAUGAUUUGCAGACACUACAACCACAUUCCUAUUGCUCCUGCAGUACAUAACUACUAAACUGAGGUCCUAUUCUUCAGUCAGUUUCUAAUUCUGUGGAAAUCCGUAGUAAACUGGCUUCAGGGCAGAGACCAAGAGACCAACAGUAUAGAUGCUGCCAAACUCACUGACCUCUAAAAAUGCCCCUUUCUUUACCCCUUGCAAAAAGGUUGUGUUUCUCUUCAAUGUACCUUGCUUUAUUCUGUAAAUAUCACCCCUCUAGGACUUUAAUUUUUGGUGCCUGUAUAUAGGAUUGCUUGUUUGGGGAAUGCACUUGUAAAUAUGUUACCCAGCUAACAAGUACAAAUGGCUAAUUUGUGGAUAGUGUUUACAAAAGUAGAGGUACUACUUUAAAGGAAGAUGCUCUGAUGUUUAAACUGAGGCAAUCAUGGAGGAGGAUGCCAGGACCCUUCCUCAAAUGAGACCUUCUAUCCCUCGGGGCUAUUUAUACCUGGUAUUUAAAAAUAAUAAUAAUAAUAAGCUUGACUAAAUUCAUUUUGUCUGACGGUUUUGUAUGUUUGCUUUUAUUUUGAAGCACAUUUUUAUUGCCAAACAGAAUUUGCAAGCAUAUGUUGAACACAUAUGGGCAUAUUAAGCUGCUUAUCAAACUUGGAUUGGAAGCAAUAUCCCAAACUCAAAGCUCUUUAGUUUCUUUUGAGAAGUAGCUGGCUUCCUGAUCCCAAACCCUCCACCUGACACUUUUUAUUACUGGAGAGAAUCAUUGCAUUUGUCCCUAUUCCAACAAGAAAAAAAUGUUGCAUACCUAAUUUAAAAGAUGCCAUAGCUGACAAUAAAUACCUGCUCUGGGUUUGGGGGAUUUGUUUUGCUUUUCAUAGCCUUAAUUUAUCAUUCUCUUGCUUCUAUUUUGAGAAAGCACAAGAAUAACGAUCAAUACAAUUUUUUUCAAAGGCCAUUUCUUUUUCAAAGCAAAUUAAAAUUUUCACUUUCAUUUUUAUUUCCAUUAUUUUAGUGGUGGAAAUUCAGGGCCAGUUCUCUUGGGAAAUAAGGUAAAUUUGGCAGCUUUGCUUCUUCUCUUUAUUUGACUUUUUGUCCUUACAACUAUUUCUUUUCAGGUAUUUAAAAAUGUUUUUUUCAUGAUAUAUAUGUAUAUAUAUAUGUGCAUAUAUACAUAUAUAUAUAUUUCUGUACUUUGUCUUUCCCACAUUACAUCAUCAACAUACUUCCUGCAUGUGGGUGCAUGUACCCAUGUGUAAAUUUGCAGUAGAGCAUUUGAAGUUUCAGAUAUUUUAUUUUAACGGAAAAUGCUUUGUGUUCUUAAGCCAUGUGUCAUUCAGAAUGAGUAAGUUAAUUUCCCUCUUAUUUGUAUUCUGUCUCCUGAGAUUUUCUUUGAGUUAUUGUUAGCUAUUUAUUAGUAUGAUACCGUAAAGGUAGCACUGCCUUGAGAAAACUUUACUUAAGAGGCCAGCUGAGCAGCCAUGUUAUUUCAUGCCUUUCAGUUAUGAGUAUGUGGGAGAAAACAACAACAACAACAACAACUAACACAGAAAUGGUGCUUCAGCCAAAUUCCAGAUAUUUUACCAUUUUGGGGAUGGUGAUUAAAGUAUUUCCAGUCAGGGAAAUAGUUUUGAUAUUUUUUACAGGAUUUUACUAGGUAAAUGAAGGAGACUUUGGUUGUAUAGCUCUCAAGUGUUGUCCCCAAAGUGUAUUUGCUAGUUUUUACUGUAUGUGUUUGGUGGUUAAUUGUUGUUUGAAGUAUUACCUCUUAACCUUAUUUGUUAAUUUUUUGUUUGCAUUUUGUUUUAUAUAUAUAUAUAUAUGUAUAUAUAUGUACACAUAUAUAUACAUACACACACAUAUAUAUUCAAUUUUCCAAGAUAAACUUGAUCUUUUUCAAAUGUUCCCUUUUUACAAAUACUUUUUCAUUAAAUUAUGAAACUGCUAACAGA